AUGAAUAACGAAGCCGCUGAGCCGAAAACAGAAGUAACACCGAAGCCUAUAAGGAUUAGGAAGAGGAAAAAGAAGUUGGAGAUAGCAUGUGUUUAUUGCAGGCGUUCACAUAUGACGUGUGACGAAGUACGGCCAUGUCAAAGGUGCGUGAAGAGAGGUAUUCUGCACCUCUGUUAUGAUGAACCAUCGAAUCCCCGUCAAAGGAAGAAAGCUGCAUCUUUGAGGCGAACUCAAAGUGAAGGAGAAAAUACAUUUGCCUCACCGCCAACUCAAGAGGUGCCUUUUGCGAAAGUUAAGCAGGUUCAGCAACAGCAACAGCAACAGCAGCAACAACAGGUUCAGCCGCCACAGCAACAGCAGCAGCAGCAGCAGCAACCACAGGUGCAAUUGUCAUCGCCGUCGAUGUCAGUACCACCUUCUCUACAGUUCAACCCUGUGCCCAGACCUUCUAAAAAUUCGAUAUUAUCUCAAACAUUCCCUUAUAAUCAGGAACCGUUGUUUUAUUCCGAACAUGCUGGAAGCGAGUUCAGCUCGUUAAAUGACUUUCUUUCCAUGAUCGAUGAUCCCGAGUUGGUCAAUGGUGCGUUGAAUGAUGAUCCAAAUGGGAUUUUAAACUUUGGUAACAACACUAAUAACAACAACACUAGUAACAACAACAAUAACAAUUAUCAUGUGAAUAGCGGCAAUCAUAAUGCAAAUUUGAACAAUGUAUUAGGACUCUCGCCAAAUGCUGCUUUAUUCGGGCAGACGUUUAAUGAGGAGUUGGUGCAUCUGCAGCAACAACAACAUCAGCAACAGCGGCAACAACAACACCAGCAACCACAGCAGCAGCAACAACAACAACAACAACAUAUACAACAUAUGCAACAGCAGCAACAGCAUAUACAACAGCAAUCAUCACAUUCACAACCCAAGAUACAAGAAAAAACAGCAAUGUCACCGAAACCAGAAUCUGCGCAACCAGUGAUAUCCGACUCGGCGAGGGACAAGUUUUUCCUCACAGCUGCUGAUCCAACCACAGAAAUCUCUCCUGAAGAGAGAUUAAAACAAGUUAUCAAAGCAAAAUUAGAGGCGGGUUUGUUACAACCUUAUAACUACGCUAAGGGGUAUGCUAGGUUGCAAAGAUACAUGGAUAAUUACAUGAAUAUAUCUAGUCGUCAGCGAAUCUUGAAACCGCUCUCGAUAUUUAGACCUGCAUUUCGCGCUAUUGCUCGAACUUUGAAAGAUGUUGAUUUGGUACUAGUUGAAGAAAGUUUCGAAAGAAUGUUAUUGGAUUAUGAUCGAGUGUUCACAUCCAUGGCAAUACCUGCUUGUUUAUGGAGGAGAACAGGGGAGAUUUAUCGUGGCAAUAAAGAGUUUGCCUCAUUGGUUGGAGUCACAACCGAUGAUUUGAAAGAUGGGAAGUUGGCCAUUUAUGAGCUCAUGAGCGAGGAGAGUGCUGUUAAUUUUUGGGAGAAGUACGGAGCUAUUGCUUUUGACAAAGGUCAGAAAGCAGUGUUGACGAGUUGUAACUUGAGAACAAAAGAUGGUAUUAAGAGAAAAACAUGUUGUUUCAGCUUUACAAUUAGGCGAGAUCGAUAUAAUAUUCCAAGCUGUAUUGUGGGGAACUUUAUACCUAUUGAUCCAUGA